UAAUUUCAACAGAAAUAACCACCACAUCAACAUCAACGACAACUUCUACCACAACAACGACAACUCCGACAACAGCACCGGAAGCAACCACGACAGAAACUAUGACUAACACAACAGAGUCAGCUGCUAUUGAUUCCAACGAUAGUAAUAUAUGGCCCAUUGUUGGCGCCGUACUGGGUGGUUUACUGGUUAUUUCAUUAUUGUUAAUUAUUCUUUAUUGUCUUCUGCGGAAAAAGAAAGUGCCUGAUGCUAAGGAUGACUUGGUAAAAGUUGAAGAUGGUUUGGACGGUGAAGAGAGCGAUGAUGAAUCAAUACCAUCUAUUGAAUAUCCAGAGACAUGGGACACGCCUACAAAAGAUCCCAUUGGGCCUUUAAGGAGAUACGUUACAAGAGAUAUGAUGUCUCAGACAGAACUUCUGAAAAAACUAAAGAACAUAGCUUUUCGAGAACCAGAAAAGCCUCCAACACCACCACCACCACCACCGCCGCCAACACCACCACCAAAAACACCACCACCAAAAUAUAUGCCAUGGCCUUGGAGAACCGCUAAAAGAGCUUCUGAGAAAACUAUGUAUCAAUCUGAAUUUCCUAUGAAAAAAGUUGGACCUGUCUCAGGUUCGAAACAGGAUAACGGAAAUUUAGCAGACUAUACGAUAUCUAAAUAUGGUAUAAAAUAUGAUGACACAGGCAUUCCCAUUUCCGACAAAAAACUUUCUAGACAAGCAACAAAAUUUAUACCACCAUCGAAAUCCUUUGUAGGCAUGUCUACGGAAAGUUCAGUUAUCUCUAGAUCAAACUCGCUUCCCUCUCUAAAAGAGUCUCAAUCGACCCAAACUCGACCACCAACACGCAAUUCUAGUCAUGAUGAGUCGUUCUAUAGGUCUCAGUCAAUGGAAGAUAUUCAGGCUACAUCAACAACUGACCUUGACAGCCAGGUCGUAUCGACGAUAGAUCCUUUAUCAAUGCAAGACAUUCAAAUACCAACACCAAGUACUACAUUUAACUCUUUUGCCCCACCGAAGGGAACACAGUUGCUUUUAAACAUAAACAAACCAGUCAUAAACACUGGAGUAAGUUCAGCUUCUUUGACAAAAGAUAUACAGACACCUGCACUAAAGAGAAUACAGAUGUAUAGAGCAUUAUCUACUGGGUCAAUCGGAACUUUCUCAGACAGAACACAAACAGAAAUAUUGAUGGAAGAAGAGAAGAGAAUAAAUGAAACAGAUGGAGUAAAUAAAACAGAAAUAAUAAAUGAUAGAGAUAGACCCUCCAUAAUGGAUAAAACAAAACAAUAUAUUAAAAAAGUUCCACAUUACAUGUUUCCUAUUAGAUCAAAUUCACUCACUAAAUUUGACAAAAAGAUAAACAAAAAUCCUCUCUCCCAGACCCUACCACGAUCGAAAACAGAUAUGAUACCACUGUCUGACAAAAUAAAUAGACCGAAGAAAAAUACAUUGAAAAAGAAGAAAAAGAAGAUAAAGAAAACUAAGAACAGUCCGUAUUUAGACAGUCUCACACCAAGAGCUCAGCCUCCUAUUGUAACGUUAAGCCAGAAAAAAGGGUAUAACAAUAAAGUUAAACCUGUUGACUCAAACAAGAAGCGAAAAUCAAAGACUAAUGCGAACUUUAACACUGGAAGUCCGUCAAACAAGUCGACAACAACAGAAAAUGAUAACACGCCAGAAAAAUAUCAGCCUUCCCCAAACCUUGGAAUGAAAUCCGAAACAUUUGUCAGAAAACAAGAAGACGCUGAGCUUAUACCAGCUACAACUGACUUUUUACAUAGAAUGAAAUCCUCUGCGACAGAUUUUCAAGAUUCUGGCAUAUCUGCCGAUGAGUCAUCACUAGAUAGACAAAGAUCGUACUGUGCUACUAAACUUCCAAGUAUAACGACGCACUCAGAAGUUGGCAAUAAUGAACAACAGAAAAAUGAUGAGCAAAUUAAACUUCCUCACCUUGAAACAAAACAGAAGAGUUAUGUGAGGCCGUGGCGAUAAAGUUUCUGAUAGUGUAUUCCGAAAGAGAGAAACAUGAAGACGAAACUCUUCAUAUUGAUUAUGUUUGUCUAUUAGAAAUGUUUUGAUUUGAUAAAAGAACUAGAAAAAAUUCAAAACUAUUGAUAGAAAACAUUAAUGUCAUAUUUGAAUUAAAAUUUAUUUACAUAACAGAAACCAGGUAAACUCUAUAUUUGAAAAGAAGGUAUAUAAAAACAGGUGUUUUACUUAA